AUGAAGCUGGUAAGUAUUAUUCUACCGCCAGAUGUAUACACGACUAAUGACCAAGCUUUUUUAGCUUACGUCACUCAUCCACCACAAAACUUGACAUUCAACACUUCUGUACUCAUAAUAAGUUCUGGUCCUGACGGUAAACCGGCAUAUUCUGGACUACCGGCUUGUGCACCCAAUAAUAUGAGCAAUGAUCGAUUUUAUGAAUGUCUACCGGGACCAAAAUGGUUGUUAAAUUCCACUGAUUAUGGUCAUGCAGAUAUGUUUGAUGAUGUGGCAAGAACUGCAAUGAAUACCGUCUGUGCAACAUGUUCACAAUUACCUAUGUUGACCACGUGUAACUUUGCACAAUUUAGACAAGAUGAGGCCAAUACUAUUGUAAACUUUAUAGAAGGAAUUUUGAGUGGUGUUAACGAACAACAAUAUCUAACAUUCGUUCAAAAUCCAGAUCCUUAUUUUAACAGCCGUACAACAAUAAAAUCAAACGUGCAACAAAUCACACCGUCAAAUGGUUUUUGUCAAAGUUAUUCAUAA